CGUCAUGUCAAGGUACAAUUGCUAUCAGCGUUCAGCUGUAGUGUUAUCAAUUUAUCGUAUUUGUUUUUUCGCCAAAAACCGAUUUAGAAAAUGAAAAAUAAAUUUGAACGAAUGUAAAUGCAAUAACACAGUCAUCAUCUGUUUACAAGACGUGUUGUUUUCAAGAUGAAAUUCAUAUUAAACACGUCGCGGUGCAUCAGCAUUAAUAACUCGAGAUUAUUAAAUGUAGAGACUUUCAUGUACAAAAACUGUAGAUUUAUCAAAAAUACACCAUAUUUACAAAUUCCAGAAAAAGAACCGACUAAAUCGAGGCCAGAAGCUUCUGUUCCACCUUGUCUGAGUUCAAAUAUAGAUAAUACUAAUAACAGUUCACGAUCCACGGAAAAAAAGGAUGUAAAAUUAAAUAACACGCAAAAUGAAAAAAAUAUUAUUGAUAGUGAACAAAGACUUAAGGAUUUAAAGUUCUUGAAAGAAAAUUCAUUUGGUAUCCGUUUAAUUGAUAAGAUAGAAAAAAUAUCUCCAUCAGCUGCAAAAUACGCCAGACUCGGUGUUUUUGGUUGUAAAUACCUGUAUAAUGAUGGUCAAGUACUAAUGUCAGCCUAUAAAAAAUAUUUUACUUCUGGUCUUUCAUCUUUAACAUACAAAGAAUUGGAAUUGAAGUACAGGUUGCCAGUGCAACUUGUCCGACUGACACCUAUUUUACUAUGUUGGCCAAUACCAUUUACAAACUUUCUUUUGUUUCCAUUAGCGUUUAUAUUUCCCAAAUAUUUGUUGUCUGAACAUUUUUGGACCGAUGAACAACAAAAACAGUUUUGGACACAAGAUCAGAGAAAAUGCUAUGAACACAAUGUUAGAAUUUUUGAGCACUUAAGUCUGAUGGCUGAGGAAUGUUCAGACGACAUGCUAUUGAAAUGGUUUCGUGUAAUUGAAUGCUUAGCAGCAGGAGGUGUUUCUCCAGUAGAUGACAUUCAGCAUGCUAUACCAGUAUUUUCUAUGUUUCCUUACCAUUUUAGUACUUUACCUCGCCAACAUAUUACUGUAUUGUUAAAAUUAUACAACAUGCAUCGUGGAUUGCGGAGGCGAGUGCGAUUAAAGAAAUUAGCUCAAUAUAUACAGUUAAUGGAUCGAGCAAUGGAAGCUGAAGGUGGUCCUGUUAAUUUAAAUGAUCGUCAAUUGCAGUGGGCUUGUAUGUUUAGAGGAUUGUAUCCAUUUUCGUCGUCUAGAGAAAAUUUAGUUUCCUACUUAGAAAACUGGUUAAAAGUCAGUUCCAAAAUUGACAAGAAUUCACUUAGUUGUAUACUCCAUUGCCAGGUUUUACUGGCAUUAAAUCGACCUGAAAAUGACAUUUUAAGAAAAACAGAUUAAUAAAUAAUCAUAUUAAUAUACUAUACUAAUUAAUGAGCUAUUUAUUUGUAGACGGAUAUAAAAUUAAAAUGAAUUUAAAAAAAUCUAGUCUGUUUUAUUGUAUUUUGGUAGAUCAUAAGUUUUUUUUUUUUAAACAAAUUUUAUAUUCAAGUCAUUGGUGAUGAUAAUGUUUUACCCUGGUGAUAUUCGUUUUGUUACGUUAUAAUAUAUUUGUUAAUUAAAUUAAAAAAAAAAUGUUCAUCUCAAUCCACCAUACCGAAUGUCUUUACUCUUCAGAGUACUAUAAGUACUCUUGAUUUUGUUACUUUACACAUUUUUAAGUUUAUAUGCUUUACUAUAUUUAUUAUGGUUUUCAUUUAAAUAAAUAAAUUGUUACUUAUCAA